GUCUCGUUCUCGCAGCACGCCUUCCUUAUAUUAUGAGAUACAUUUUUGUGGAUCUUGAUCGUUACUCAAUGAUUAGAUAUUUGCCGUAAGAUGUUAAUAUCGCUAGAAAGAAGUUUGCAUGAAUAUCAUAAUUAGGUAUAAAUUUUUAACUUGCCUCUUUUGUGGCUUUGUGCUGUUGCCAUCGGCCGCAACCGGUAUUCAUGUCGCCCCAUCUCUUUCAUAGCAUGCACAAAAAAAUUCAAGAUGGCGGCUGCCAGCUGACCAUCAUCUGGAAGCGCAUCGCGCGCUGGAAAAUUGUCCGUUUCUGUGAAUAGGUGCGCGGGAAACUCUUUACGUGCUGAAUUCAAGCUUCCUCAGACUCUGCAGCUGUCCAGGGCGUAUAAACAGUGUCUCGCUCUGGUAUGUGACAAUUAAUGAUGUUCCAACAACGCGACCGACCCGUAAUCCCUGUUCACUCAAAAUACAACGAAACCCAGCUUAACCAACCAGUCGGUAGAAAAUACAGCUGAGGCAACUGUGCCGGCGUAAAUUGACAACUUAUAGGUCGGUCCAAUCGGAAGAUUUGAAAUUGCAGAUUUUCGAAGGAGCAAUGUUACAGGAAAACAUAAAAAGUUGGUAGACAUUGAUAUAUAGUGGAGGACGAUAGCAAAAACACAUGCUAUGGCGAAAAUGCAGUUAUAAGAUUCACACUCCGUGUAAGAAACAAGAGCUUGGUAUUAAGACAUGACUCUAAGGGUAGCUUGUUUUAUUUCGCAUAUAUAUACUUAUACGAGACUUGUUGGAUCGUGCAAUGUGUACAAAUUGCAUAAGAUUAUUCCUCUGAAAUGGUAGCACAAGUCAUUUAAUCAAAUACACUACCAAUAAAAUGAACACCACGAGCUGCUGAUGAAAAAAAAUACAGCAGAAUGUUACAUAUAAGGAUAUAAUACUAAGUUAAGGAUCAUUGAAGCACUCUUUCAUAUGGUUUCUGAUGUUGCCGAUGGCAGUACCGUAGCACAGUUUGUAUAAAUAUUCACAAAAUCUGUAAAAAUAAACCGAUAAUCGACCGUUAUUGAUUAACUACUAAAAGGCGUACAAAUAGAAGGUGACGGUCUGUGGCUAUAUUUUAUGAGCUAAACGACAAAAACUCGUACACUGCAAAUUUAAAAUUGCAACCAAUGGUAUCACUUUGAAGAAACAUAUCAAUCGUUUUUGGUGAGGAAUAUACUGGUUCGACACGUCUACAACCGUUUUUAAGGCAACUUCUUUUUAGAGAACUUAACUACAAGCAGCAUAAGUUCAAGCAAACAGUUGCCCUGUCGUGUGAGACUUGUUCCCAUAUAUUUACUGCGGGAUAUGGUUGUGUUAUGAACUGAGAAGCGAAUGUCAUAUUUGAAAGUGUGUAUCAGGAUAAAUAGGUAAACACAUCAAAAGAGGUCUCAUACGAACAAGCUUGAAAAAAUUAUACAGAGCUCUACUUACAAUCUUGUCUCGCGGCGAAGUAUAAAUGUUCGUUUAACAGAUUAUUCCAGUACAACGAACUUUAUCGGGAACGUAGGUAAACAUUCAAUAUGUAAUGCUGUUGUAGUAGCAAAAACAUUUAUUAAGAUUUGGUUGAUUAGUUCUACGUAGAAGAUGAACAAUGAUGCCUUACUGGAUAUGCUCUAUUGAAGUCUUACAUGGGAAAUAGACAUUCUAACAAGAAUAACUGCUCUCUCGUCAUGAAAAGAAUUUUAUGAAAGCUGACUUGUCCACCGAGGUUCAGUAGCUAUCCUCGAAAAAUUCUUUCGAAAACUUGUUUUUCAGCCGUGGUAUGGCAGAGAGCCGAACCGAAGCUAUAGCGAAGCGACCUGCAUUAUGCCAGCUGCUAUUAAAAAUACGAUAUCUAGCGCGUUGCUGUUCGUCACGUUUUAAGCUUUGCUAUUGCCUAAUUGGCCCAUCCACCCAAAGAUGGCGAAAAAUUUAUUUAGUAGCCAGCUAUCCAAUUCUACUACAGUAAAGUGAUCCUUUUUUGAAAUUGUUCUAUUUGAGAACAAGUAGUUGUGCCAUGGCUACUAGUACGAUGUUAGAAGUCAAAAAUUACCUUUGUUUUGCCAUCGUUAUUCCUAGUUUGUUAUCGUGAGGAUGAUAGUAUGUAAUAGAGGCAUGAUAUUGAUUUUGGUAAAUAUGUUUCCAUCAUCUUUAUGAGCCGCCUGUAGGAACUGGUAGUAUUUUAUGGCAUCAUUUGUUUAAAGUAGAAGGUUUAUCCAGCUGCCUUUAUACAGCUCUGCAUCGUCAUAAUAUGUCUAUCCGGAAAUGACCAUACCCUACAAAUUCGGGACCACUAGCAGUUUUUGAACAGGCUUUAGGCAUUUUUAAGAUCUCAAUCAGUUAUAUAACAAGUCUUAAUGAUCAAUAGUACGUUUUACAGAUCGAACGAUUUUUGCAGUUAGCUUUGCUUCUGCUGCGCCAUAACGCAAUUCUGUUAUUUUGGUUUGGUCAUUUGUGAGUGCGUGCUGUGCAGAAGAUAAUAAGUACGUUAUAGGAUACUUCGCCUGUUGUCUACUUGGCUGGUGGGUGUGCUAGGGUUACUUAGAAUAGAACAGACUAGAUCCAGCGCAAGAUCACGAGGGAGAAAAAGCUCUAAGGUGAACUAUUUCAACGAGAUAAUUCGUGCCAAUCAAUUGCUGAUUGAGGUUUUUACGAUAGGCUAACGUAAUUUAGUAUGUGGUACCUGAUGGAGAACGUUCAAAGAUCGUACACGCUCUCAGAAAGACUGCUCGACGCUAUUGGAGUAACCGCCCCAACAUCGUGCCUAGGAGGCAAAGAUGAAAAACUAAUCGUUGAAAAUCUUCUACGUGAAGGGGCUGAUGUAAAUCAGGCACACGGAACGUUUGUGCCGAUUCAUUCGGCCUGCAUGAUGGGAAGCGUUGAAAUUGUCGCCGUUCUUCUUAAAUGGGGAGCCGAUGUAAACCAGCUAGACGGCUUCCAUAGGUCGGCGUUACAUUACGCCGUUGAGAAGAGUGGUGAGUGUACACAGAUGUUGCUGCAGGCGGGCGCUGAAACCGAGAGCCGUGACCUAAACCGAAAUACACCUCUCCAUUGGGCCGCGUUCCGAAAUCGAGCCGACUGUUGUCGACUUUUAUUGCAGUAUCACGCAGAUGUCAAUGCGCGCGAUCGCAACGAUGACACGCCGUUAAGUUGGGCUGCGAUGAAAGGAAAUCUUGAGAGUGUUCGGGUCCUUUUCGAGUAUAAUGCACCGCCGAACGUUAUGUCUCAUGCGCGAAUGCUGCCCUUAACACGGGUCGGCAUCCUACUUGACGGUGGACUGCAUACAGAGGAAGAUGAAACCUGCUUUGAACUUCUUACUCGAGGAAUGGGUCGUAUUGAGCUGCGCGUAAGGCGUGCAGAGAAUCCGGAUGCGCUUUUACUGCCAUUUUUAUUGUCGAGAGAUGUAAAGCUUUCAUUCCGAUUGUUGGACUUAUGCUCAGCCCCGCGACCACUUAAAGCUCUAGCUAGAUUCGCGGUCAGACAGGCCUUGGGUCCCACACAUCUUCCAAGCGUGAUACCUCUUUUGCGGUUACCACCAAGUCUUUGCGACUACCUUCUUCUCGAGUACUAAUAGGACAGGUGUUGCGCUAAUUAUAAAGAUGAUUUGUAGUUUUGUGUGGCGGCACUCCCAUUUUGCCAAUCAGUUCCGUACACUUCAAAGUAGUGCUGUAUACAAGCGGAAAAAUCAUCAGUGAGUAAACAGCAGAAUGUCGUUGGCGUAAGAUCUAGCAAGCUGAUGAAGUGCUGCUUCCUGACAAUUAGUUGAUGGCGAAUAGAAUCUCCAAGUGUUCUGUGAUAGGGAAUAGUCGUUGGUUCUCUUCCAUUUGAUACAGCGUUCACAGCGCUAUGCACAAGCAACGUGCAAGCAUUUGACAAACCCAUUACGCGAACGUUAUGGGUGUUUUAAUAACAACUGUUUGAAUCAAACCAUCGUAACAAAAUGCAGUUGACGUGAAAAUGAUUGAAAGGUAAUUAUUGCAGUCUUGAAGUUAGUUUAACAGGCAACAAGAAAAGCCAUACCCGGUGGAGUGUGUGAUAGCGAUGGAGCAGCGAUUAUUGUCCUACUAUUGUCGUCACAAAGGCAGGCUUAUUAAUCACAUCGUAUAUUAUGGUGUUAUUGUUAAGAUAUUGUGCAAAGUGGGCCCAAUCAACGUAUUACGACAUACAUUUUAGCGAUUGGAACACUAGAAAUGACAUGAAUACAGAUUGUGAGUUCACAGAGUUAUCUGGCGAAAGUUUUCUAAAGACUAACAUAUGCUCGCGUCGUUACAGUUCAACUUAAAAAGUACCCAAGAAAAGGCAAGCAAAAUAAGGCAGAUUUAACUUAAUUUAAUAGCUCGAAUUAAGUACAAUACAAUUUUAUACAGUUAUAUUAUCACACUUUCUAAGGGGCCGUGUAACUGGGUCAAAUAAUUACAUAUUUUUUUUCUGGCGAUCGUACAAGCUGCGUCGUCGUAGUUUGUUUAAUACAGUUACAUAUGACUGAAUAUGCCCCAUGCAAUCGGUCAUCAGCGGAAUUAGAGAAUUGUCCCUGAAUGCAAUGAAAUUGAGUCGUCAAUUGCAUAGCUCUCGCAAAUGUGUAAGAGUCAAUUGUUCGCUAGAUGCACUGGACGUUAUUUUAGGUUUUAGUUAGAUGUUAGUACAAGUUAAUUUCCUAUAUGAAAGUUGCUAAUAACAAAGACAAAGAGCAAGUGAUAACAAUCAGUAACAACUAGAAAAUUUCAGAUGAAUUUUAUGAAAUUAACUCUGUUAUUCGCUGUGUUCCCGGUGAGGAUUAGAGGAACUGCUAAUUAUUUUAUGCACCAAGAUAAUAUACGACUUUCCUUCUGUUCGCCAACGUCCCUAAUAUUUAAACAGCAUGAACAUGUGUGAGAUUUUUUCAACUCGAAAAAGUACCUGCCUGACGUUUGAAAUUGUUUGCAGUUCUAUUUUCAUUCAUAUUUAUAGUAAGAACUAGGUAGUGCUAAACAAAUAUUUCAUUUUUUACCAUUUUACCGAUUAUUCACGAAUACAUUUAAGAGAUAAUAACAAUAAUAGCUUUUAGCAAAAGUUCCUUGUGUAAUAAUAUUCAUAAUUUCUAGAAGCUUGGUAUGUACAUGUAGUAGCGUAAAAGACUUGAUAAUAAUAAAAAUGAACAAUGCCUUUUUUAGAAGACGGUGAGUUUGAAUUGUAGAUCCUGAUGAAUAUUGACAAGAAUAAUGAAAACCGUGUGAAAACCAGAAUUUGCUGUAAAGUACUUUAUAGUAGAGUGUUGUUGUUGUUUGACCAUAUAUAACAGUAUGCUUGUUUAUUUCAACCAUUUUAGGCAAUAGUUGAUAAACUAUUUCCAUGCUAGCAAAGCAAAGAUACGACAGU